UACUAGCUGCUGCAGCUUGAGAACAAUUUCUGUAAGAGGACUGCCUGAUGUAUUAGUGAUAAAGCAAGUUUGCUAAUGUGACAAGGAACAUACAAAGAACUGUCUUAAAAAGAUGUCUGUAUAGCUCUGCACGAAAGGCUGUGCAUCAGAAUACUAAUAUAAUAUUUAUUAACCCUGCCCCACCACAAAGGACCGACAAGGUUCUUUUUAUUAUUAUCCUUCCAUCAGCAAAUUGCAAUAAAAGAUUAGUGGACAGCUUGAUUCUGUAAGAAUAAGAAUAAGAACGGGUAUUUAUAAUGCGCAGCACCACGACCAGAUAGAUAACACUCUCCGUGAAGACCAGUAAUGAUAAAUGAAAGAUAACAGCCAGUGGACAGUGAGGUACGUAUGGACACACUGAACAACAUAAAGAUUUGAAGUACAAGAGUUGAACGCAAAAUGGAGGAAGGUACAUGAUGGUGAGCAAUAUUACAAGGGGGUUAAGGAUAGUAUUUCAGGGAUAGUACUUUGUCAACAGAUAUGUUUUCAGAGAGUGUUUGAAUGUAGCCUUGGAGUCCGAGUGGCGAAUGUGAUGUGGAAGAGAGUUCCACUGGUCAGCUACACAAAGGGAGGACGUCCCUUGUAUGUGACUGUCUUUGCGGGAGGGAAAAGAGAAUGUGAAUCUGAUGGGGAGAGAAGGUUCCGGUCAGGAGUGUGGACAGACAAUAUUUCAGUAAAGUAGCUGGGGGAAGAGCCUUCAAAAAAUCAUAUCAUAGAGUUGAGAGCUUGUAGUCUAUUCUAGUUUAACUGGUAUCCAAUGAAGAGAGCGAAGAAGUGGUGUCACAUGUUUACAUUUGCGAGUUCGGAAAACAAGACGAGCAGCUGAGUUGUGGACUUUCUCAAGCGUGCGGAUGAGGUACUUGUGGACAGCAAGCAAGAAGGGAGUUUGAGUAGUCUAGUUUAGACAGAACAAAUGAGACGCAAUACUUCUAGAUGAUGACUAAGAAAACUGAUAAUGAAACCUCAUUAACCUUAAAAAACACUGUGUGUCCUGACACGUGGUAAUGCACUAAUGAAGCAGACAAACAACAUAUUCAUUGCUUACUCGAGCUAAGACUAAGCUGCAAGUCCAGGACCUUCCACGCACCAUCAGGGUGUCAGACCUUCACGUAACUAAGGUUAGACCUCAAGAAAGCAUUCAAGGAUUAAAACAAUGGCAGAAGGUGGCAUUGCAAAAAUCGACCUUGUCCUGCAAGAGCUGGGGCCUAUGGGAAAGUUUCAGGUCAUUCAGUGCCUCGUCUUCUUUUUAUCUUACCUACAUGACGCCUACCAGUUCUUCACCUACAUCUUCAUAGGUCAAGCUGUUUCUCACACCUGUGCUCCCCCUAACAACGACAGUGACUGGAUCAUCCCUGAACUGCAUGGUACCUCUGACAACUUCACCACAGUCCACUACGACAAAUGCAACAUCAUCGUCAUAAAGAACAUCAGCGACGAGUUGAUGAUUAGCAGGUAUCCGUGCGUCUACGGCAUGAAGUACGAUGGCGAUUACUACAGGUCCUUUGUUUCUGAGUUUGACCUGGUCUGUGAACAUGCUUCCCUUCCUGCUCUGAGCCAGACGGUAAUAAAUGGCGGCCUUGGUCUGGGAUGUAUAAUUGUUCCCUCUUUGUCUGACCGAUUCGGACGAAAGAGAUUGUUAAUGAUCGCUCAGAUGUUUAUGCUGAGUGGAGGUAUCCUGGCCGGACUCUCCCCGACAUACCUCGUCUUCCUUCUGGCCAGGUGCAUCACCGGGUUUUCCGCCGCGGGCGUGGGGCUCACUGCUGUAACAGCAGGAAUAGAAGUGUUUCCGUCCACUCACCGGAAGUUCGCAAGUGGUUUCGGGAGCACGCUGUGGUGGUCCAUCUGCAUCAUGUCUAUCGUGCCCUGGGCCUACCUGCUCAGAGACUACUCGUGGAGAAUACUACAGCUGGCAGUGUGCGGGUCCUUCUCCAUCACCAUCCUGCAACUAGUGUUACUUUACGAACCUCUGCGCUGGUUAGCUGUUAAUGGGAAGAUGAAGCAAGCGAGGAGUCUCUUGAAGACAGCCUGCAGGUGGAACCAGAAAGAUUUUCGCAAGGUUCUCGCUGUCUUUCUCAAUGUCGGAGCCGCUGGACACGAGGUCAGUGGGAGCGAGAAGCCAGUGAACUUGCAGAAAGAACUUGCAGUGCACGUGCAGAAAGACCCACAAGAAGCUGACGACUGCGACAGCAAUCUGUUUCCGGCGUCUGCUGUGGAUUCUGUCGACAACGUCGGAGACGCACCUGAAGCAGGUGUGCAGAAAACUUACCUGGAAAGACCUGCUGAUGCACCCACGCCUGAGGAUCUAUGUGAUAUGUAUUUGACCUACGGCGCCCUGUAUCUGAUGACUGACAUCCUCGCCACCAGCCUGUACACCGGACUCUUCCUCAACGCGCUGGUAGAGGGCGCCUCUUGUCUCCUCAUCGUGGUGACUGUGGACAGGUUCGGAAGAAAGAAGAGUUUAGCAGGUUUUCAUGCGGUAACUGGCUUGUCGCUGAUCAUCAGCAGCAUCUGUUUCAGUUUUCAAGAGUUGCCAGCCUUGCAGAUAGUUGCAACAGUUUUUUCCCUUUUGGGAAAAUUUGGUGUUAGUGCCUCUUUCAACACGCUGUUCAUGUACACACCUGAAAUUUUCCCCACCAACGUCAGAAACCUUGCCUUAGGGUCAUGCUACGGAAUGUCUACAGUUGGUGGGAUGAUCGCACCUUUUGCUGGGAUCUUGCUGAAAUUCGUCAUGGCCAAGGACCACAUCGAGAUUGACCCUUUGCUCAACGCCUUGGGACCUCUUGGCUUCUACCCUCUGUGUCAGUGUUGCAUCUACUUUCUUAGCUACCUGGUUGAUGCGUAUCAGGUCUUCAGCUAUGUCUUUACAGGGCAAGAAGUUGUCCACAAAUGUGCUCCUCCGACUAACGACAGCGAACAUCUUAUAUUCGAUUUGCACACGGACCAUCUAGACAACGUCAGCGUGCAGUAUGGUACGUGCAGCAUCGACAUCAGCAGGAAUGUCAGUGGUGUCACCUCAUUCCAAAGUUAUCCAUGUCUUUAUGGCUUUGCGUACGACAUGCCGAAGGACAUGUCGCUGGUGUCAGAGUUUGACCUCGUGUGUGAUCACGAGCACCUGGCGGCGCUAACCCAAUCCCUCAACCUGUUUGGCUUGGGGAUUGGUUCCCUCAUCCUGCCGGGACUGUCGGACCGCUUUGGUCGCAAGAGGAUGAUGAUGAUUAACAACCUUCUGGUUGCCGUCAUCACUCUUCCCUACGAAGCACCGUGUCGUCACCAGUGGCUUCUGGAGCACCCUGUUCUGGGCACUGUGCAUCAUGUCACUGGCCCCUGUCGCCUAUGCCCUGAGGUUCUUCUCGUGGCGGGCAGUGCAAGUGGCGGCCACCCUGUCUGCAGUCGUGGUCAUCAUCCAAGUCGUGUGCUUGACGAACCUUUGCGAUGGCUGUAUGCAAAUGGCAAAACGAAGGAAAUCCACAAAGUCUUGAAGAAAGCUGCUAGAUGGAACCGCAAGGACUUCCGCCAGAUAGUUGAUGUUCUCAACUCUCUGGGCGACGUAGACGACAAGAUAAAUCACGUGUCAAAUGAGCAGAAGACUGCUGAUGAGGCAGAAAUCAAACUUCAGAAGGCUGUCGACAACAUGUCAUGGGAAGGACACCCUCUGUCAAAUGGAAAAGAGGUUCCUGACUUUGGACUGGAAGAAGGACUUGAAGAGGUGAAAGCGGUAAAGAAGCUGACGUUUCGGGAUUUGUUUACUCAUAGACGCCUCGGAGUAUACUGCCUCAUGUCUUCUAUCUUAUGGUGUUUCAACAGUAUGACCUACUUUGCUCUCUAUCUCAUGUCCUCAAUGUUUGUCGGAGGUCUGUACUUCAACAUCUUCCUCAACGCGGCUGUGGAGGGGGCGUCCUGCAUUUUGAUUAUGGGGAUGAUGGACAGGUUAGGAAGACGAAAGUCGUUGGCCAUAUUCCAGAUAUCAGUAGGAAUCUCUCUGAUAGCCAGCAGCAUUUGUUUCAGCUAUGAAGAUUCGCAUGUCCUGCAGAUAUGUGCAACUGUGCUCUCUCUGAUCGGGAAAAUGAGCAUUGGAGGGUCCUUCAACUCUCUUUUCUUGUAUACUCCGGAGUUCUUCCCAACAAAUAUUCGGAAUAUGGCUUUGGGAAUAACAUUUGUUGCCGCCACACUAGGAAGUGUAGUAGCGCCCUUCACUGGUGCUCUGACAAAGUACGCAGUCUGGGUGCCCGGGGCAAUGUUUGGUUCCAUGAACUUCCUAGCGGUUAUCUGUCUAGUUUUUCUACCUGAAACCAUGGGUAGAGAAUUACCACAAACCAUUGAGGAUUUAGAAGCCAUGUGUAAAAUUCCGACUAAGAAAGAAAUGAAAGAGAAAAACAACGCACUGUUGCCCAAAUCCAGAGCAGGGCAACAGAUAUGCUGAGUUUCUUUUGUUUGAUGACAUCAUGUGUAACCCCUUUACCACGAAAGUCAUAAACAGUGACUGAGAGCAAUGACCAGUUCCAAUCUUUGGUUCAUCUGUUCAUUUUGCUUCUCCUUACAUAAUCAGAGGCGAGGCUUUGGGCAAAAGGAUCAAGUUCUUCUUCCCUAUAUCGCAGUCAAAUAAUUGAAGAUAUUUGGGUCAAAAAUGCAAGUGCUCUUGUGCAAUCUUGUCUUACUUUUUCAAAAUGUUAACGUAAUUUCAAGAACUCAUUGACAGCCAUAUUUUUUCAAAAACAAAGAUAAAAACAAAAUAAAAAUGAUUAUAUUAAGUUAUUUUUUGUGGGCUGUACAAAUGAUAAUGUACAAAGUAAAAUAAUAGUCGUGAAAUAUAGUAAUAUAAUAAUUUUCAUAUAAAAUGCAAUGACGACACUGCCUUACUGUCACGUACUCUUGAAUGAUAAUGAAGAUAUGCAUCUACAAAUUUACUCUUGACUUAAAUGUCUCAAAGGCAAAGAAACCUCCAAAUCUUUGACUUUAUGCCUUUUCAUCAUCACCAUCAUUAUCAUCAUAUCACAUCUAUCACAUCAAAAAGAAUGCAAACUGUAACACUUCUGUAAUGACACUGUAAUGUUUGUCACUGUAAGCAAUAAAGGAUUAUAUAAAUUA